UUCAUCUGCAUGAGAGGAAGAACCAGAAUGAUGCUUUUCCUGGUUUUCUACCAUCUCAUAGGUUUCUCUCUGGAGGUCCAGGUCCAUCAGUCCCCCUCCGAUCUCAUCUUAAAUCCAGGUGUUGAUGUCCAGAUGAUAUGCAGCCAUGAACAGAGCGACAGCAGAGUGAUGCUGUGGUACCAGAGGCUGCCCUCACACACGGCGCUCACACUCGUUGGACAUGGAUACGGUCAAUUUGAUGACGAGAGCGUGGAGAAGGCGUUCAAGAAGCAUUUCCAGCUGUAUGGAGAUUUGAAUACAGGAAAACCCAAUGGUACCCUUUCCAUUCGAGAUGUCAAACUGCUGGAACACACUGCUACAUAUUUCUGUGCAGUCGGGCGCCCGCGGGGGGACACGUCACUGAAGCUGGUGGCCUACAUCUACUCUAAGAUUUUUAAUGUGGAGAAGCCGUUUGAAGGACACUUCAACCAGCGGCGAGGCGGCGGCCCCGGUCGGGCCUCCGUCAGCUCCAGCUGCACAGCAGCUCUCAGAUGGAGGCUGAGAUAUGGAGGCAGGAGGGAGGAGGCAGAGGAAAACACUGGCAGGUUUUUGUGUGAUGUUUUUUCACCGUGGGGACAGGGGAGCUACACUGAACCAGCGUACUUUGGAAAAGGAACCAGACUCACAGUUCUAGAUUCAGCACUUGAUGUAACUCCUCCAACAGUCAAAAUAUUGAAACCUUCACCGUACCAGGGAGAAAAAAGGAAGACUCUGGUUUGUGUGGCGUCAGAUUUCUACCCAGACCACGUCAGCGUGAUCUGGAAGGUCAACGACGAGGAGCGCCGAUAUGAUGUGGUGACGGACAGCGAGGCCACGUGGGGCAAUAGUUCAGCCAAGUGGGGCAAUGGCUCAUACACGAUCACCAGCAGGCUCACCGUGCCCGCCAAAGAAUGGCACAACCGUGCCAAAAAAUUCACCUGUGAGGUCCAUUUCUUCGACGGAAAAGAGACCAUCCCAUACCCUGAAACCAUAUACGGGGUCAAAGGUGACGAUAGACCCAGACAAAAAUACUUGAAGAUCACUCAAAGUGCCAAACUGACCUACGGCGCUUUGAUAGCGAAGGGCUUCAUCUACGGAGCCUUUGUGCUGUUUCUGCUGUGGAAACUUCAGAGAUCAAGUGGAAAGCAGUGAAGUAAAAACCAACAGGAGUUCUUUCUCUCUCUAAAAAUAUUGCUCAGUUACUUUUCAAUCUUACACUCUUGCAAUGUGUUUCAGUUCUAUCUGCUUUUCUGUGUUUUCUUAAAUGCUUCUUUACUUGAUUUGUCUUUAAAUAAAAGAAGAUUUUGGUAAAUUCUG